GCCAACUGCUCAGCUAUGUUGGGACCUAUGCCAAGUCGGGCCCGUGUAUACAUGGACGUGAACACACACAGACCUCGUGAAUAUUGGGACUAUGAUCCCACGUGUGAAGUCUUUGAAGCCAUUAAUAUCACAAAUAAUGAGAAGGUGGUUGUGAAAAUUCUAAAGCCUGUGAAGAAGAAGAAAAUCAAGCGUGAGAUCAAGAUUCUGGAAAACUUGCGGGGAGGGCCAAACAUCAUUACUCUUGCAGACAUAGUAAAAGACCCAGUGUCCCGGACGGCUCUGGUUUUCGAACAUGUGAACAAUACAGAUUUCAAGCAGUUGUAUCAGACUCUCACAGAUUACGAUAUUAGAUUCUACAUGUAUGAGAUAUUAAAGGCUCUGGACUAUUGUCACAGUAUGGGCAUAAUGCAUAGAGAUGUAAAGCCUCACAAUGUUAUGAUUGAUCAUGAACACAGAAAGCUGCACCUUAUAGAUUGGGGUCUGGCUGAGUUUUAUCAUCCUGGGCAGGAGUACAAUGUGCGAGUUGCCUCCAGAUACUUCAAAGGACCUGAGCUCCUUGUAGAUUACCAGAUGUAUGACUACAGUCUAGACAUGUGGCGCUUGGGCUACAUGCUGGCCAGUAUGAUCUUCAGGAAGGAGUCAUUCUUUGAUGGACAUGACAACUAUGACCAGUUGGUGAGAGUAGCCAAAGUUCUGGGAGCUGAACAUCUGUAUGAUUUUAUUGACAAAUACAAAACUGAACUUGAUCCUCGCUUCAGUGACAUACUUGGAAGGCAUUCUCGAAAACGAUGGGAACACUUUGUACACAGUGAAAACCAGCACCUGUUAAGUCCAGAGGCUCUGGAUUUUCUGGAUAAACUGCUGCGGUAUGACCAUCAGACACGACUUACUGCUCGUGAAGCCAUGGACCACCCAUACUUCUACCCAAUUGUGAAGGACCAAUCCUGAAUGGGCCCCUCCAAUCUGCCCAGUGGUAGUUCCCCAGUCAACAGCGCCAGUAUGAUGUCAGGAAUCUCUUU